AUGGGCUGCAUCCCCAGCAAAUCCCGCAAGUCGGCCAUUCAAUCGGUGCCACCGCGCGAAGCACCCAAACCAACGGCGAACAGGCCACAGUCUUCUCGGUGUCUAGCUGAGCAGAGCCUCGAGGAGUGUCUGCCACCUGCGGACAAUGCGCACACUGGCGUCGGUCGCUAUCGCGCGAAACGGGGCGCUUUCCCAACAACUGCAGCCCGCAAGAGCUUCAUCCGUGAGUCUCCGCUCUAUCAUUGUGCUUCAUGAGAGCGACAGCUGAUACCAGAACUUUGCUCCACAGGGAUGACACUCCUGAUCCUUUCCGACAAUGGUCUGCGCAACAUCUCCGCCUGUCGCGUCGAGCUCUUCUUUCCCCAAGCCGGUGGCCAACCACUAUGCCGCGCUUCACUUGCUGCCACGCACAACAACACCAUCGUCCAGUCCAUCAUCUCUCAGCAAGGAGCGACAGAUCAUCGCUCGGCGUUUGCCUGGCUGGUGAUGGAGAUCGAGGCGCAAUUCGAGACGAUGAUCCGCAAGACGGCACGCAAUGUCCAUCCCUCGUCGCGCCCUUUGCCUCCUGACGAAGCUGUCACCAAGAGCGGCGCCCCUCUGCGGAGGCCCGUCUCCAUGUCUACUCUUCGCUAUCCGCAACCCACCAUGCGGACGCCAAACUUCCUCUCACUCUCGCCUCAGCCAACGACGUGGACACGAGGAACGGUGAAGAGGAUCAGCAAUCACGGCCUGCCAUCUCCCGGCAUAGAAUCGCCUCAGAACUCUUUUCAGCUCGCAAAGCCACCAAGUCCAUCUUCCACGCAAGCGCAGGCUGCGCGCUCAUCCGUUGCCCUUCAACAUCGGUAUCACCACCAGCGCUUCUCAGAUCUGAGCAACACGAGUCUGCACUUCUCCACGUCCCUCGCACCACAAGCGCACCACCCGGCCCCCGCUGACGGGGUAGCAGCACCCGUUGCGCUCCCGCGCCAGAGCAGCAGCCCCGGCUCAUCAGGCGACCACUGGACGGCAGGACCAAAUGGUGGUGCUCCCACGGCCCGCCAACAGCGGAGGAGCUUGCGACAGCACUCCUCCACCAGCGCGCUCCCCCCCUCGACGGCCCUCAGUCGGCCCUCGACCUCGGUUCUGUCUCUGGAAACGCUGGCCGAGCAUCAUCGUCGUCGUCGUCCUCCUCCCAGUGCCGCCGGGGAUGGGGGACGCGACGUCGAAAUCGCGAAAACGCUGGGCAGUCUCGUUGGCGAGCAGCAGGCGGCGGCGGCGGCGGCAGCGUCGGCGUCGGCGGCUCGUGCGAGUGCGAGUGCGAAUGCGAAUGCAAGCGCAGGUCCACCGUCACCUCGCUGCUCGCGGAGCUUGCCCCGUCCGCCUACGCCCGAGAAGAGCGCGAGGAGGAGUCUGGCGGCGCCGCGGCCGCCGGCCGCGCUCGAGUACUACGGUCUCGACGAAUUGGCGAGAUCUACGAGGCACGACAGUGGCGAUGACAAGGACAGGGAUAAGGAGGUCGGUGUCAAGAUUCGGGAGGUGGGAGGUGAUGGGAAUGCGGGGAGGGAGGAGCGGGAGGAUGAAUUGUUCGGAUGA